UUUUUUCCUUUUUUUUUGAAGAACUUCUCUACCAAGCAGUGCAUCUUCAAUUGUGCCCUUGUUACAGCAGAGCUGCUUUUGUGUUUCCUAAAUCCAAACAAGAUUUUUCUUUUUGUUGUUAUUGUUGUUCUCUCUCCCAUGAAGCCACAUUGUUGCUUAUUCAUUUUAGUGGUGAUUGUGCCAGCUGCUUUUGUUUGGGAAGAUGUCAAUUUCAACCACAUGGCUACCCCAGAAGCAAAUCAGACAUCUGACAAUGCCUCUUUUCCCCCAAGCUUUGAAUUCUCAGCAAGUUCCCACUCAGGUGAUGGAGUCAUCAUAGCCAAAGAGGGCACCAGCAUUUCUAUGGAGUGUCUUCUCACAGUCAGUCCCCAUGAAGAUGUCCAUUGGUACAACUCAAAAGGACAACAGCUGGAUGGCAGGGGCAAAGGUGGAAAAUGGCUGGUUUCUGAUCACUUUCUAAACAUCACCAACGUAGCCUUUGACGAUCGCGGGCUGUACACAUGUUUUGUCACCUCUCCCGUGCGUGCUUCCUACUCUGUCACCCUCCGUGUGAUCUUCACCUCCGGAGACAUGAGCAUCUACUACAUGAUCGUUUGCCUCAUCGCCUUCACCAUCACGCUCAUCCUGAACGUCACACGGCUGUGUAUGAUGAGCAGCCAUCUCCGCAAGACCGAGAAGGCCAUCAACGAGUUCUUCAGAACUGAAGGGGCCGAGAAACUCCAGAAGGCCUUUGAGAUCGCCAAGCGCAUCCCCAUCAUCACUUCCGCCAAGACUCUGGAGCUCGCCAAAGUCACUCAGUUCAAGACCAUGGAGUUUGCUCGCUAUAUCGAAGAGCUGGCCAGGAGCGUGCCCCUCCCACCUCUGAUUCUCAAUUGCCGGGCGUUUGUGGAGGAGAUGUUCGAAGCCGUGCGGGUGGAUGAUCCUGAUGACAUGGGGGAAAGAAUGAAGGAGAGACCUGCCUUGGAUGCCCAAGGGGGCAUCUAUGUGAUCAACCCAGAGAUGGGGCGGAGUACCUCCCCAGGAGGAGAUUCGGAUGAUGGGUCUCUCAAUGAACAAGGCCAAGAAAUAGCAGUCCAGGUGUCCGUCCAUCUCCAGUCAGAGACCAAAAGUAUUGGCACAGAUUCUCAAGACAGCAGCCACCCCGAUGAAACAGGGUCUGCAGAAUCCAGCUCCAACCACAGAGACGGGACAGACGAACACUCCCAGCUGUGAGGCCACUUGCUACCAACCACAGCGGCUCAGGAAAGAACCUGCUUCUCAAAGUAACUUUUCUUUUUUACCAUAAGAUGACUGGGAUUUUCCCCUCAAAUAGGAAGCACAUCAGAGUAUGAAUUGCCAAAAAUCUUCAAAAAACUGUGGCAUCCUUUCUGACAUUUCUUUGUCAUUUUCCCUGAGCUUCCUUAAGCAACUCAUGUUAAAAAUUUAAAGGCAUCUGAGCAAUAAACAGGUUGAGGGAGAAAAAGGCACAAUUCUCCUGCUCAGAGGUAACCUACCCUUCUGUUGACAUGUGAGCUUUUCCCAUCAGUAAGAUCAAAGAUUUGAAUUUGAUGAGAUCUAAAGUUAGUUUCCUUGCCCAUAACUUCUUACCUUUAAACUUUAUAUAACCAUCUUCAGUACAUCUCUUGAGUAAACUUUUCCCUAGAGUUUUAGUCCCUCGUUGUGGAAAAGACCAAGCUGAGAUUUUGUUCUACGUUCUAAUUUAAUCUACAUCCAUGCAUAGCACACAGAGGUAUAGAUACUUUUUCAGUGGUCUGCCACCUUAAAUCUUCUUGGUGGAGCACAUGACUGUGUUAUAUGUCAGCUCCUCUGCCUCUGAUGAAUAAUGGAUUUUGAUAUUCUAUUAAUACUUUCUCAGACUUGUCCUUAAAAAAAUAUACUGGACUCUACAAGUGGGUUGUGUGUUUAGGAUCCCGUUCUAGGAUAAAACCCAUAUUCCUUUUCAG